AUGGGAACAGAAAAUGUUCCUCCACAAAUGAAUAAAAUGGUGCCUGGACAAAUGGGACAAUUAGGUGCUGGACAGAUACAACAAAAUAUGCAGGAUCAUAUUACGGGACCAAUAGUCAGUAUACAGACUAGUAUACCGCAACAAUUGAGUCAAAUUGACUCUGGACAAUUAGGUCGUGGUCAGAUGCAGCAGCAGUUAAACCAUAUUCAAAGAAAGCCAGGUGAAAUGAUGAAUACUGGAUUUCAUAGCCCACAUAACGUUACGCCGAAUCAAUUUUUGAGACAGAAUCCAUCUCCUUCAGCUCCAAGCUUAGCUCGUUUAUUGGAUACAUUAAACUAUAUGUAUGGACCGUCUCCAAGUAAAUCGUAAAAUAAUCCUGACAGUGUAGGCGCAACACAAAGCCAUCAGCAAGAAAAUCACGUUUACAGAGAUAAAGUCAAACAGCUAAGCAAAUAAAUAGAGAA